AUGACAUCAACAGACCAGCCACCAGCAAAUAUCAUCCCGCUAGACUCCCCCCUCCGCAUAACACCAAUUCACCCCCUCCUCCCAGACAUCCGAGUCCCAGGCCGACCCGCAGACACAGAAGCACAAUCCAACGGAUCCUCCAAAGACCAACCAAACAAUGAAAUCGAGAAACCACUACAAUCCCACCACUACAAUCCCCUAACCUGCGCCCCAUUUCCAUUCUCCAACGCCUCUCUGAACCAACUCCCGAAUAUCGAAACACAAGAAGAGAAAGAAUUAGCGGAUCUCCGAGAAGAGCAUCCCACCCCCGAAGCCGCCUUAAGGGCGCAAGAAGCCACAGCGCGCGAAGCAAAACGGCGGAUUGAAGAAACUGUUAAAAAGAGAGAGGAGGUACAGCGGGCGAUGGAUAAGAAGGUUAAGGAGAGGGAUACGGAGAUGAAGGUUUUGGAAAAGUAUCAGGAGGUUAAGGUGAAGGCGUCUGAUAUUUUGCCGUCGUGA